CUUGGUGAGCAGAACGGACUCCCACACCAGGGGAGAUCACUGUAACCUCAGAACCGAGAUUACAGUGAGAGGCAAGGUGAGAAGGAAGUAGGAAAUCCAGGAAAAGGACAAGAUUUCUAAGGCACCUUAACAGCUCUGAGUCAAAGGCUGUCUGUCAUCUGGGUUCUGGCUGCUCCACUCCUCCACAGCUCAGCCCUUUCCUGGGGCCAAGGCAGGGAAUUGCUACAUGCAGGAUUACCUGGGGAAAAACCAGAGCCUCACUUUAGUCCCUUCCGGUAAUUGACACGACUGGGCUCCGGGAGGGGGGAAGGGAGAACUUUCCUCCAUAAAUAGUUCCACCCCUAGGCAAGGUGGCUCACUCUGGCCGGUAACAACUGAGGAGUGUGCACCUGCCACCUGUCAAGCUCAGCCAGACUGUGAGGAGACACAAGGUGGAGCAAACAGAGAGUGUCAGUAAACCAUGGACAAAUUGAAGUGCCUGAGCUUCUUCAAGUGCAAGGGAAAGGAGAAAGUGGCAAGUAUAUCUGAGAAUUUACACGUUGACCAAAAUGAUGAGAAUCAGGACCGUGGUAACUGGUCAAAAAAAUCAGAUUAUCUCUUAUCUAUGGUCGGAUAUGCAGUGGGAUUGGGAAAUGUAUGGAGAUUCCCCUAUCUGACCUACAGCAAUGGUGGAGGUGCAUUCUUGAUACCAUAUACAACUAUGCUGGCUUUGGCUGGUUUACCACUUUUUUUCCUAGAAUGUUCUUUGGGGCAAUUUUCAAGUCAGGGACCUAUUUUUGUUUGGAGGAUUUUGCCAUUGUUUCAAGGUGUGGGAAUUACGAUGGUUCUGAUAUCCAUUUUUGUGGCAAUAUAUUAUAAUGUCAUAAUUGCGUAUAGUAUUUUCUACUUAUUUGCAUCAUUUCAAAGUCCUUUGCCAUGGAAAACCUGUUCCCCUCCUUGGGCAGAUAAUAACUGUAGCAGAUCACCUAUAGUCAUUCAUUGUGAUGAAAAUAUAGGAGCUGGAGAGAAUAUGAGCUGGAUAGAUGACAACAACUUUACAUGUAUCAAUAACUCUGAAUUUUACGCAGCAAGGCAACUUCCCAGUGAACAGUAUUGGAAUAAAGUGGCACUUCAACGGUCAAAUGGAAUAGAUGAGACUGGAGAAAUUGUGUGGUAUUUGGCACUCUGUCUUUUACUGGCUUGGAUCAUAGUUGGAGCAGCUUUAAUUAAAGGCAUCAAGUCUUCUGGGAAGGUGGUAUAUUUUACGGCCCUUUUUCCCUAUGUGGUUUUAAUCAUUCUUUUGAUACGUGGUGCAACUCUGGAAGGAGCCUCGAAAGGAAUUGCAUAUUACAUUGGAGGGAACUCAAACUUUAGUAAACUUCAGGAAGCUGAAGUUUGGAAGGAUGCUGCUACUCAAAUAUUUUAUUCCCUCUCAGUGGCAUGGGGAGGCUUAGUAGCACUGUCAUCAUAUAAUAAGUUUCAUAACAACUGCUUCUCAGAUGCGAUUGUAAUAUGCAUAACAAACUGUCUCACCAGCGUGUUUGCUGGCUUUGCUAUUUUUUCUAUAUUGGGACAUAUGGCACAUGUAUCCGGGCAGGAAGUCUCUCAGGUUGUAAAAUCAGGUUUUGAUUUGGCUUUCAUUGCCUAUCCAGAAGCUCUAGCUCAAAUCCCAGGAGGUCCAUUUUGGUCCGUAUUAUUUUUCUUAAUGCUUUUAACUUUGGGUCUUGAUUCACAGUUUGCUGCCAUUGAAACAAUUACAACAACAAUUCAAGACUUAUUUCCAAAAGCCAUGAAGAAAAUGAGAAUUAUAAUAACUUCAGGUUGCUGUUUGGUUUUAUUUCUCCUUGGUCUCAUCUGUGUGACUCAGGCCGGAAUAUACUGGGUACAUCUAAUUGACCACUUUUGUGCCGGAUGGGGUAUUUUGAUCGCUGCUAUUCUGGAAAUAAUAGGAAUCAUCUGGAUUUAUGGAGGGAACAAAUUCAUCAAAGAUAUAGAAAUGAUGAUUGGAGCAAAGAACUGGAUAUUCUGGUUAUGGUGGAGAGUUUGCUGGUUUGCGAUUACACCUGUCCUGUUGACUGCAAUUUUAAUCUGGUCACUGGUGAAAUUUCAUAAUCCUGUGUAUGCUGACAUUCCAUACCCUGACUGGGCUGUUAUCAUAGGGUGGUGUAUUAUUACUUUUUGUACUAUUUGGAUUCCAAUUGUGGCUGUCAUAAAAAUAACUCAAGCCAAAGGAACUAUCUGUCAACGCAUUGUAAGCUGCAUUAGACCUGCUUCUAACUGGGGUCCGUACCUGGAACAACAUCGUGGGGAAAGAUAUAAAGACAUGGUGGGACCUAAUACAAUGACUGACCACGAAAUACCUACUAUUAAUGACAAUGAAACACUUGAAACACCUGAAUGAAAUAUAAUUUUUAAAAAAUGUGGUUGUUGUAUAAUGUGAUUUUUUAGAAGAGCAGAAAUUUUUAUUUAUUUGUAUAUUGAGUAGAAAAAUGAAGAUACUAUAUUCACAAUAUGACAGAUGUUUAUCCCACUUAAACAGGAAUGUAAUAUAUAAUGUGAAUUUAUUAAUUUUUAGCAAUAUUCUUAUGUUUUUUAGAUUAGUUAUCUGUAUAAUACACACAUAACUGUUUCACAAUGAAAUUUUUAAAUAUUGCAGUAAUGUUUUUUCUAAUACAUUGAAAAUUUUAUUAGUAAAGUUUUUUAUUAUGCAAAUUAAAAAAUACUAUUUGAUUCUGUUCUCUUAAUGCACACUGCACACUUUCUCAAGCUGAAGGAAAAUGAAUCAGUUCAUGUAAAUGUAAGCAUUACAAAUUUAAGGUUUUAGUUACUUGGAAAUAAUUAUAUAUAUGGAACUAAAUAGAUGGUGUAUGAAUGAUAUAGUUUAAUACUUUUGACACAAAUAUGUCUAAAAUCUAAUGUGUUGAUGACUCAUAGUUCUAUGUGAGUCAUGCUGUUUAUUUAUAAACAUAAUAGUUGUGUUCUUUAUUUACAAAGACUCAAUUCAGAAAGGAAAUAUAUAUCCUUUAACAAGAUCUAGAAAUCAAACACAAAUAUUUUGAAGUUUUGAAUAUUUCUUUAUAUUACUUUCUUUCUUCCUUAGGUUAUGUUUUGAAGAAUACUAUUACACAACUAGUUUCUAUUGUGUUUCACAAAAUUAAGAGUACUUCUUUAAAUUGUAUAAAUUUUAAUUUAAAUUUCACACAGGAGACCAAUAAAAUGUUAAAGAGAUAAUGGCAUCAAGUAUUUUAUGAUGGUUAUAUUUGAAUGAUAAAGAAAAGUGAUUUUGUCUUAUGUAAGUUACUGCUUAUGGGUGACAGCUUAUUUAUAUGAUAAUGGGAAAUAAACUUGCCAGACUUGUCAAAAAUGAA